AUGUUCAAAAUUGCCGUGUGUGCAUUGUUAGUACUAGCCUCAACAGCUAUUAACGUCUAAUCCUCAAUUUGGACAAGCAAAGACCAAAAGACUUUUGCUCAAAUUCACUAAUCUGGUUGGGGUAAAUUCAUCUUGAACUUUGCUGAACUCCAUUUAACAACAGGAGGUAUUCUUUCUGAGCUCAACUCUGAAAUUGAGAAACUUGUACAUAUAGAGAGUUUAUAAAUUAUAGAUUGAUGAAAUGGAAGAGGAAUUAGCUGGAGUUCAUCAUGAAUUCAAUAGAAGAACAGAUGUUCACAACAGAGAAGUAUCCNAAUUAGAUGAUGUCGUAUUAUAAAACCGUCAUAGAAGAAUUCCAUAGAAGGAUGAGAGAAUAAAUGAAUUAUUAAAGAAAAUUCCAUCUGAAAUUAGAUAAAUGUAUGAUUGUUUAGGUCCCAUUUAUGAGAUAAACCCAAAAUACUAAAUCAUAUACCAAAACGAUGGAAGUAUAUAUUUUGGUUAAGGGGUUGGAGGUCGAAAAAUUGGAACAGGUAUUUAAAUCUGGCCAGAAUAAGGAAAUAUAUUGGAUGGGUAAUAUAGAUGAUAAUUUAUAAAAAUAGAAAUUGGGAGAAUGAUGAAUUAGAGGGUUAGUGCAGGAUGGUGUAUUCAAAUAAAGAUAUGUAUAAAAUAAUGAUAUUAGUGUUUAGUUUUGAAUGCUUAUUCAAAUAAGGAAGAGCCAAUGGUUUUGGGGUAUUUCAAUCAUAGAAAAAGAUAGUAAAAGGUAAUGUAGGAAUAAUCAUAUUAGGGAUUUGGAUAGAUAAUAAUUUAUCUGGAGAGGGAUAGGAGUUUAGAAAAGAUGGUUAACGAUAUUAUGGAUAGUUUUAGGAUGGACAAAAAAAUGGUUAAGGUAUUAUCUAUUUUAAAGAUGGAUGCAAGUAAUGAUUGAUUUAUGUUAUAAAAUAGAUAUGAAGGAGAAUUAAGGAAAAAUAGAGAAGACGGUAUGGGAACAAUGAUUUGGAGUGAUUGCAGUUAUUAUGAUGGAGAAUUUAGGUUGGGAGUGAUAAAAGGAAGAGGAGUAUAUUCAAGUGGAAAUGGAUAUAGUUUGAUGGGAUAUGUAAUUGACAAUAGAAUUUCUGGUUUUAGUUCUAAGAGGAGGUGUAGAAGGAUAAAAAGUAGAAGAUAUAGAGAAUUAUAUAUAAACAUGAGAGCGGAUCAAAAUUAAUAAUUGAAAAAAUUAGAUAACUAUGACAAUAGAGUAAGAAAAUCAAAUGAUAAUAAAUAUAUAUAUUCUUAUUUGCAGUUUUGUAGUAUGAAUAUGAUG